CUAAGCGUGGGUAAACAGUCGUAAUUGUCCAAGAAAAGCUGCUAAUUUCUAACAGCAAAUUUCCUAUAUUUUGGUCCUUUUCGAGCUAAAAACAAUAAAGAUGAUUACACGAAGUCAUAAUAAAAAAAUUGUUGAAUGUGAACCAACUCAGUCUACAUCAAAGGAAAAACAAGGUGAGAAUAAUUAUUGAUAAUUCUUUAUGUUCUCGACGGUCCUCGGCUUCCUCAAAAACAGUACGUAGGCUUGCUCUCCAGGCAGAGCACGCACGUCGCCUAGCAAAUUUAGAGGCCGAACGGGAACGCAUAGCCUUAGAACGAGAGCGCACUGUCUCUGAAUUAGAACUUCAAGCCCAACUCGCCGAAAUUGACGACGAUACAAACAGUUGUAGAAGUUCCCGUCAUAGUGAUUCAGUGCGUAGUCAUCCUUGUGAGACUGUACAGAGUUGGCUCGACCAAUGUCAUAACCCUACUUCAAAAAACAAUUUACAGUGUUCGCAGGAGUUUCAGCCUAAUGUGAGUGUAGCCUCCGGUCUCCCUACCGUUGUGAAUACUGCGGCUCAUGAAGCCUUCAUGACGGCACCGGUGAGCUUGCCUCGGCCCACUGCUGCGCACGGCGUGUUCCAGGAUAUUACUCCGACUGCUGUCGAUAUCCCGGGCACUUUCCUCGUGCGCCACAAUACUCCAAACAGUAUUCAACACGAUCAUUGUAACAAAAAUAAAACAGAAAGUAGGGCAAACAAUGACUUUCAGGCACUUGCCCGGGCUAUCUCGGAGCUUAACACAAAGAGGCCAAAGGUGAGUAAUAUUCCCUUACCAAUUUUUGACGGUAAACCUUCCGACUGGCUUAUAUUUAGGAAAGUUUUUGAUAGCACCAAGCCAGCCUACACCGACGCAGAAAAUUUAGCGAGAUUAAGUACGGCUUUGCGAGGAACGGCCCGAGAAGCUGUUUCCAUCCGACUCGUCGCUGCAUCGGAUCCCGAGGAGGUUAUAUCUCAACUACAUAAAACCUUUGGACAAACCGAGCUGAUUAUUUUAGGUGAGGUCAACAAAAUUAAAUUAUUCCCUCAAAUUAUUACUUCAGAAAGCAAGGAAAUUAUCGACUUUGCAUGUAGGGUCCGCAGUUGUGUAGACACUAUUAAGUUACUAAAUCAAGUCGAGUAUUUAUAUUCGCCCGAAUUAUCCAAUGCCAUCAUAAGUAAGCUACCUUCCGCAUUACGAGAUCACUGGGUUCACUUUGCCUUUGAAAGAGCCGCUACAGGUAUAAGCAAAUUGGAGUUACUUUCUCAAUUUUUGGACUACGAAACAGAGGUUCGAAACAAGUUCGGUUACAUUGAGAACUUUAAUUUGUUAGGUGCUCCCAGUCAGAAAAAUAAGGGCAAGGUGGUAACCACUGAAUGUACUGUAACUUCUUCUGAAUCCGAAGAAUCAUCUGCUGCUAGAAAACACAUUCAGUUAAACUGUCGCUAUUGCAAUUUAACUAAUCACGCUAUAGAGACAUGUAGAAAGUUUUUAGCUUUAUCUGUAGACGAUAGAUGGCGUUGGGCGAAAGAACAAAAGGUUUGUCACCGUUGUCUUAAAAGAGGUAAUCACAAGUAUCGCUUUUGUAAAUCAAAAGAUGCGUGUGUUGAGGCGUUAUGUGGUAAAAGACAUCACAAAUUGUUACAUCGAUCUUCGCAUGAAGUUAAUUUGGCGAUUGAUUCUGAAGAUCAGUCAGCAAGUCAAUCUGUUUCAAAUUUGAGUCAACAAGUCAUCACCCAUACUGAUAUGAAACCGAACUUAAAUAUUUAUCCUUUAAAACCCUUACUUAAAAUAAUUGCAGUUACAAUUAAAGGCCCUACACGUUCUUAUGACACUUACGCUUUAUUGGAUGAUGGUUCAACCGGAACUUUUAUUGAUUUUAAAAUAUCCAAGCUUAUAGGUGCGGCUAUAGAAUUAGUAAAUUUUGAUAUUCGUGGUCGAAACUGUAAUGACUUUUAUCAUAUUAAAGCUAGGUCAUUAGAUAAUCUUAAUUUAGGUACCCGACAGACGGUUUGUAAAGAAUUUGUGAAUUCAUAUUCACAUCUUUUAGAUAUUAGUGACGAUGUGAUUUAUGAAAACGCAGAACCUACAAUUCUUAUCGGAGUCGAUAACUGGCAUUUAACUAUAUCAAGGGAAACUCGCAGUGGUACUAGAUCUCAACCCGUAGCAUGCCGAACAGCUUUAGGAUGGGUUCUUUAUGGCGUGGCUCAAAGCAAAACAAAACAAGUUGAAUUCGUUAACCACUGCACCUUAGACGAUUGCGACGAAAUAAAGUCUAUGAUCAAAGAUUAUUUUAAAUUGGAUUCAAUAGGCAUUACGAAGAAAGAGCUUAGAUCGUCGAGUGAUGAAAGAGCAAUAAGGAUCUUAGAUAACACUGCCCAUCGUCUCCCGAAUGGACAGUAUGAAGUAGGGCUUUUGUGGCGAGAUGACAACCUUUGCAUUCCGGAUGGUAGUUAUAAUCUAGCUUUAAGUAGGUACAUGAGUUUAGAACGAAAAUUUGCAAAAGAUCCACAGUAUGCAAAUCAAUAUAGAGUUAAUGUUCAAACCACUAUUGACAAAGGUUAUGUAGAAUCUUGUGAGUUCCCACCAAACCCAAAAGCUACUUGGUAUUUACCACAUUUCGGAGUUACGAACCCCAACAAACCAGGAAAACUACGUGUAGUACACGACGCUGCCGCUAAAUGUUACGGUGUUAGUUUAAAUAAUAUGUUAUUGUCUGGCCCUGACUUACUACAAUCUCUUUUUGAUAUUCUUUUAAGGUUCCGUGAAGGUAAGGUUGCAAUGUCAAGAGAUAUUCGAGAGAUGUUUCCGCAGAUAAAAAUUCGUGUUCAAGAUAGAGACGCGCAACGGUUUUUAUGGCGUAUAACUUCUGAUUCUCCUAUAUCUGCUUUUAGAAUGUCUUCUAUGAUUUUUGGCGCAGUUUCAAGUCCUUUUACUGCAUUAUAUAUUAAAAAUAAGAACGCCUUAGAAUAUCAGUCAAGGUUUCCAAAUGCCGUCGAUGAAAUCUUAAAUAACCAUUAUAUGGAUGAUUUUCUCGGAAGUUUCGAUAAUGUAGAAGAAGCGGCAGCAAUAGCACGUGAUGUAUUUUUUAUUCAUAAACAGGCUGGUUUUGAAAUGCGUUCUUGGGUUUCAAAUUGCUCCGAAGCUUUAAAAUUUAUACCCCCAGAAUUAAAAGUUCAGAACACUGAAAUUGAAUUAGGAAAUAGUUCUGUUCCUGUUAGAACUUUGGGGUUAAUUUGGUUUCCUUUAGAUGAUGCAAUAGGUUUUAAUAUUCAUUCAUCUAUUUCUGAUUUUCCAGAAAACCCCACGAAACGUAGUGUUUUGUCGCACCUUAUGAGCGUUUUCGAUCCUUUGGGUUUACUAUCUCCUUUAACAAUCAGAGGCCGAAUCCUUUUUCAGGAAGCUUGGCGAAACAAAAUAGGUUGGGAUGAAACAUUACCAAACAAUGAAAUUAUAAAAUGGAAACAAUGGUUUUUAGAUAUUUCUGAUUCGGCAAAGUUGCGAAUACCGCGGUGUUACAUACAUUCCUCAAACUUGAAAGUUCUAAAGAGAGAGUUACAUUUAUUUUGUGAUGCAAGUAAAGUUGCAUAUGCUGCAGCUGCAUACUGGCGUUUUACAUUUGCUGAUGGAACUGUAAAAACCACCUUAAUUAGGUACUAGCAAAGCCCGUGUAGCUCCAAUAAAAAUAGUGUCUAUUCCAAGAUUGGAAUUACAAGGUGCUCUAGUAGCAGCUCGACUGGCAGCUUCUGUUAUCAAUGCUUGUAUCAAUAAACCAUCCGCGCGUUUCUUUUGGUGCGACUCUAAAAAUGUUCUUUCUUGGAUCCGAACUAAAACAUAUAACCUCAAACCAUUUGUUGCACAUAGAGUUUGUGAAAUUUUGGAAAUCUCGUCUGAAAGCGAAUGGCAUUGGGUUCCCACCGUUGAAAAUGUUGCAGAUGAUGCCACUCGUUUCCGGACUGGUAGCAUAAGCAAAAGGUGGUUUGAGGGACCUCAGUUUUUAUUUUUGUCUCAAAGUGAUUGGCCUACAGAGUCAACCACAAAUAUUUCAUGUAUGUUAGAGACAAAUAAAGAUAUUAAUUCUAUAAAUUUUGAUACAUAAUGUAAGAAUUUUUUAGUUGCAAACCCAGAACGUUUUAGUUCAUGGUUGAAGUUUCAACGCGCAACAGUUUUAGCUCAAAAUUACCUGAGAUUGUCAAAGAUUAGGUGUUUGCAAAAAAGCGGGGUAGAUAUUAAGUUGAUUGUAUGGCUUGAUGGCCACAUUACUCGUUUCGAUCUGAAGGAUACUGGUAACUGUACCAAUCGGACACCAUAUAGCCCUGAUCCGACCGCAGAAGAUUUACUUCGAGUUCGCCUUCAUACAUUUCUCGCCUGUCAAAGAUCUGCUUUCUCUGCUGAAUAUAAAUGUUUGAUCAAUGGCACUCCCAUACAGGCAAGCAGUAGAUAAACUUAGUAAACUUGAAGUCUUUAUAAGCGAUGAUGGUUUGAUUCGAUUAAAGGGACGUGCCCAGUUAGAUUUAGACAACGAAACGAAGGACUUUGUCAGACAUCCAAUAAUCCUAGAUGGAAAUUCUAAUGCCAUCAAACUUUUAAUAAUGUUUUACCAUCGCAAGUUUGCCCAUGCCAAUAAUGAGACAAUCUUAAAUGAAAUGAGAAAGGAUUUUUUUAUAUUUCGACUGAGAAGUAUUAUCAAGAAAGUCGCUUAUCAGUGUCAAUUCUGCAAAAAUCGAAAAGCUACGGCAUCAAUUCCUCCUACUGGAGACUUGCCUCCAGCUCGGCUUGCGCAUCAUAAACGCCCGUUUACAUUUAUAGGGCUCGAUUAUUUUGGCCCUCUUAAAGUAAGCAUUGGAAGACGAUCAGAGAAGAGAUGGGUGGCUAUUUUUACCUGUUUGACAGUAAGAGCGAUUCAUAUUGAGAUAGUUAACAACCUUUCAGCCGAUUCAGCUGUAAUGGCAUUACGUCGUUUCAUUGCCAGACGUGGUACACCAUCUGAGAUUUGGAGCGAUAACGGAACUUCUUUCGUCGGAGCGACCAAAGAACUGAAGGAGCUGUAUGGUGCUCCUGUGACUACUUUUGCUGCUAAUAAUUAUAUAAAAUGGCGGUUUAUUCCUCCUGCAGCUCCAUUUAUGGGCGGAUGUUGGGAAAGAUUGGUUCGUUCAGUUAAAAAUGCAUUAAAAGUGACCCUUCCGCCCGGAAAAUGUUAUCCAGAAGAAUUAUUGACAACGUUACUAGCUGAAGUCGAAGCAUUAAUUAACGCUCGCCCUCUCACUUUUGUAGCAGUUGAAUCUAAUGAUGAAGCUCUUACCCCCAACCAUUUUAUUUUUGGUUCAAACUGUGCAAGUACGAUACCCCUUCAACUGACUGACCGGGAUUUGAUUAGCCGCCAAGGCUGGAAGAGAGCUAUACGUCUAUCCGACCAUUUUUGGAAAAGGUGGAUUCAUGAGUAUUUGCCAUCGCUGAUACCCAGGCAAAUAAAUUCGCCCAAUCACCGGAAUUUGGCUGUUGGAGAUGUCGUUGUUAUCAUGGACGAAAACCUUCCUCGAGGCAUGUGGCCCAAAGGGCGGAUUGUGGCUGUGUACUUGGGAAAAGACAAAAAGGUUCGAAUGGCAGACGUAACCACUGAAGGCGGAGUAUUAAGAAGACCAGCAAGAAAAUUGGUGCAGUUACCUGUAUUUCAAAAUUCUUAGUUUUAGUUUAAGUUUCAGUUUGUAUUUGGGGGGGAGAGUGUUACGAACUCCUUAGAGUAUUCCGAACUCCUUUGUAAAGGACAAGAACUUUGUAUUUUAAAAUAAGAAAAAUAAGAAAAUAAAUGACAGUCUGUUUUUUAAGCGUGCAUCAUCUUUUAUUUACCAGCGCAAAUAUUAUUAUUUUAUAAUUAUUUUCAGCAAAUUUCCUAUAGAACUAGAACUACUGUUAUUAUUUUCACAAUCAUUAACAUUUUUCACAAUUACUUUAGCCUCAAUAUUAGUUAAUUCAUUGCCAGUAUCAGUCAUUUCAUUGAGGCUGGCAGUAGCAAAAUCAUUGAUUGAAGAAAAUUGAGACUUAUCAGAUUUUACUUCAAUUUUCUCUAUUAUUGAUACAUCCACUUCUAGGCCCAAGCUGCCGACUGUAUCAGAAGGAAGCAGAUGGAAGGCAGGUAUCUCUUCAUAUUCCCUAAACCACAAGGGGCUUGUUAACAUCUGUUUUUUCACAAAUUUCGCCGCUCUGUAACAA